AUGCAAAACCAAAGCUUUGUAACUGAAUUUAUUCUUCUAGGACUUUCCCAGAAUCCACAAAUUCUGAAAAUCAUUUUCGUUGUAUUUCUGUGUGUCUACAUUACAACUGUCUUUGGCAACCUGCUGAUUGUGGUGACCAUCCUCAGCACUCCAGCACUUCUGGGCUCCCCAAUGUACUUUUUUCUGUCUUUCUUGUCCUUCCUGGAUGCAUGCUACACUUCUGCUAUUGCCCCCAAAAUGAUUAUAGACUGUCUUUAUGAGAAGAAAACUAUCUCCUUUGGAGGGUGUAUGACCCAAGUCUUUGCAGUGCACUUCUUAUCAGGGGCAGAACUUAUUGUCCUCACAGCCAUGGCCUAUGACAGGUAUGUGGCCAUCUGCAAGCCCUUGCACUAUUCUUCUAUCAUGAACUCAAGGCUCUGUGGCAUUUUGAUUGGAGUGGCCUGGGCAGGGGGCUUUCUGCAUUCCAUUAUACAAAUUCUCAUUACUGUUCAUCUACCCUUCUGUGGUCCUAAUGUCAUUGAUAACUUUAUGUGUGAUUUGUUCCCAUUACUGAAACUUGCCUGCACUGAUACUUAUGCCUUUGGACUUUUUGUGGUUUCCAACAGUGGAUCUUUUUGUAUUCUCAUCUUCUCCAUGUUGCUUGUGUCCUAUAGUGUCAUCUUGUUUUCCCUGAGAAACCACAGCACUGAAGGCCAAAAGAAAGCCCUCUCCACCUGUGGAGCUCACAUUACUGUUGUUGUUUCGUUCUUUGUCCCAUGUAUAAUUGAGUAUGCAAGACCUCCCUCUGAGUUAUCCUUUGUCAACAUAUUGGAGGUAUUCUACACUGUCAUAACUCCCCUACUGAAUCCCUUGAUUUAUACUUUCAGGAAUAAGGAAGUGAAAACUGCCUUAAGAAGACUUUGGAAUAGAAUAAUGUUUGUUUCUCUUGAAAAAUAA